AACCAGCAGCAGCAACAAAACAAAGUGCUGAAGAAGGAAACCACCCAUGGGAAAACGACGUCGUAUAUCUCCCGGUAUACAUUCAACUAACCACCAGCACUGUUCUUCUUUUGUCUUCAUCCGCUAAAUAUCUCCUCGCCAAUAUCAUUUUCCUUUCUAUAAACAAACCUCAAACCCCAAAAAAAAGUCUUCUCCCACUAACAAUCCGAUCAGACUCACUGAGUCCGAUAUUACAUAGUCAACUCGGCGAUCUAAUUUUUUUUCGAGGUCAAAACGACAACGUAUUGUCGAAGUUUAGUUUUAAUUAAAUGUGAUUAGCUUUUGAGCUGUGGAGAUAGGGGCAGAACGGUCAGAAUCAAGAUUUGAGGAAAAAAUAAUGGAACGGUCGACGAUAACCGUUGGUCCGGGAAUGGAUAUGCCGAUCAUGCAUGACAGUGACCGGUACGAUUUUGUUCGCGAUAUCGGCUCUGGUAAUUUCGGAGUUGCUAGGUUGAUGAGAGAUAAGUUUACUAAAGAACUCGUCGCCGUUAAGUAUAUAGAACGAGGUGAUAAGAUUGAUGAAAAUGUUCAAAGAGAAAUUAUUAAUCAUAGGUCACUCAGGCAUCCGAAUAUUGUGAGGUUUAAAGAGCUUAUAUUAACGCCUACGCAUUUGGCCAUUGUGAUGGAAUAUGCGUCUGGAGGGGAGCUUUUCGAGAAAAUCUGCAAUGCCGGUCGUUUUAGUGAGGAUGAGGCUCGAUUCUUUUUUCAACAACUGAUAUCAGGUGUCAGUUAUUGCCAUGCUAUGCAAGUAUGUCACCGUGACUUGAAGUUGGAGAAUACAUUACUGGAUGGAAGCCCAGCUCCUCGGCUGAAGAUUUGUGAUUUUGGGUACUCCAAGUCUUCCGUGCUUCAUUCACAGCCAAAAUCAACAGUAGGAACUCCUGCAUACAUUGCUCCAGAAGUGUUGUUGAGACAGGAAUAUGAUGGCAAGAUUGCAGAUGUGUGGUCAUGUGGGGUGACCUUAUAUGUAAUGUUGGUUGGGGCAUAUCCCUUUGAGGAUCCUGAUGAACCAAAGGACUUCAGGAAGACAAUACAGAGGAUCCUUAAUGUGCAGUAUUCCAUUUCAGAUGUUGUUCAAAUAUCUCCGGAGUGUCGUGACCUCAUCUCUCGAAUUUUUGUUUUUGAUCCUGCAACAAGGAUUAGUAUUCCAGAAAUCAAGUCACACGCCUGGUUUUUGAAAAAUCUUCCAAUGGACCUAAUGGACGAGAAGACAAUCGGUAACCAUUUUGAAGAACCCGAUCAACCCAUGCAGAACAUUGAUGUCAUUAUGCAGAUAAUUUCCGAGGCCACAAUCCCAGCUGCCGGGGCCCACGGCCUUAAUCGGUACUUGGCAGACAAUCUGGACAUGGACGACGACAUGAUGGACUUCGAUUCUGAAUCGGAGAUCGACGUCGAUAGCAGCGGGGAGAUUGUGUAUGCACUUUAAUCAUCAUAUUAUGUAUGGAAUUGUAGAAUGCUGUGGUAGGUUAGAAUAGACAAUAGUAGGAAAGUGCAAAAUGGAGUUUGUCAUGCUUAUGGUAUGAAAUUUCUAUUCCUUCACUUGAGGAAUGAUCUGAUUUUACUCUUCACUUAUCAUUUUUGCAUUGGUCUAUGUUGUUUGUAUUGGUUUGGCAUAAAUAUUAGAGCUAUACUUUAUGUAAAAUGUGCCUAUAAUUCUACUAUAUUGUAUGGCAGAUAGUUUUUUUUUCA